AUGCUGAGCUCAAUAGCCGAUGGACCAAUUGAAAUCGGAGGAAUUUCACAUGGAUCUGAACCAAGUCAAGUGUUCGAUGCACCAUGCGGAAAAACUAAAAUUGGUUCGGAAGAUCUUAAUUCAUCCAGAGCGCAGCAAGAAGCACUGAAAAAAAAAGGAACAUCGGAAAACGAGAAAUUAAACAACAAAUAUUUGGUGCCGUAGAGGGGGUGGGGAGGAAGUGUAACAAACACAUACAAACAGAGAAAAUCACCAAAUAUUUAUCCAUUUACACCAUUUUUCUCCUUCAUUUUACCACAUUUUCUCCACUUUUCUUCAUUUUUCUCCCAGCCGAUAUUAUUCAUCCGCUCUUUUUGGGUCUCAAUUCUCGAGUAGGUGUUCCCUGGUCAUAAUCGCCACCCACGCAACAUUUCGGAAGGCCUUUUUGGGUGAAGAAGUACCGCCGGGUACAUAAUUGCACCUAAUUGAAGGGAUUGGAGUGUUUUAGGAGAUUUUGAUAGGCUAGGGACUUUUUAUAAUGUUUCAGGAGUUAGAAUUUUUCUUAAAAACCCCAUUCCCGGGCCUAAAGUUGGGCCAAUGUUGUUGAAAUUCGCUUCAGAAUCCCUAUUUUGGCCGAUGGAACAUAUCGAUCCAUAAUAAAAGCGCCUAUAAUCCAUCAUCCAGUGUUCUGCCAAAUGCUCCGUGUGCUUUUGCUUUUUCACCUGCUCUUCUCUUGCACACCGUCCGUCAUUCAUUCAUAAAUAUCGGGUUACCACUUGGACCAGGUACUGUAGAACUGAAUUGACUGUGUUCGGUCCGAAAAGGUACUUGACAAGUACUUCACGUGGCGGCCGACUCUGAGCGUUGAAUUUCAUUUACACACAAUAAGCUGACAAAAAAUGAUUUCGCCCACCCGGAAAUCGAACGUUUGGUCUUUAAAUUAAUAGACAAUCAUAUGCUGAAGGCUGGACUACAUAUCAAACUUUAUGUGCAAAAAGGUUCGAUUCCUGUGGGAACACCAAAAUCGUACAAAAAGACGAUAAAAGUACAGUAUCCCGAGAGUAGGGUCAUAAAAUCGUUUCGAUUCUCGCUUAGUCAUCAUCAGAGAUCGUACUAGGAACCUUUUGACAAACAAACAAAGUCCCAGUCGGCCUACAACAAUUUUAUUUUAUUUAUCGCAUAAAACAUUAUUAUUAUUAUCAUUAUUGUCGUGAUGAUUUUCCCGCAAAAGAGGCGAUGAAAAGCACAAAAGGAAGGGCUUAGAAGAAGCGGCGAAAGGAGGGCCCUUUUCAUGACUACAGUACCCCCUCGGCUUAUUUCCUUUUGCCAGCCACAACGCCUACAACGCCCUUUAUUGCCUCGUAAAAAUCGCGCCUUUUCAAUCCAUCACCAGUGCUUUACAUCGGAAAUUUUCGGAAUACUUUUCCGGAUGAGGGACCUGAAAUUUACUAAUUUUUUUAGAAACAUCAUUCAAAGUUUUGAAUCUGUUCUUCUUUCAACUUUGCUUUCAGACACAAGGUCGAUCGACCAUGCGAAGAAGAAAAUAAUCCCGAAAAAGCCGUGUGCAAUAUUUGCACACUCUGGUACCAGCCCAAAAAGGUUUAAAAGAAUGCCGCAAAGUUGGCAAGUGGGCACUUGAUUGCGUAAUUACGGUAGGGAUUACUGUAGGUCGGUGUCGCAGGUGGGGCUCCGAACUUGGUCUGAUUAUGCAACAAGACGAUUCGUGUUGAAGAAGGUCGUCGUAAAAUUAUCAUGUUCUGUGAGGAGGUAGGGUCUAAUCUGGACAAAAUUUUUUUCAGCACAAGAGAAAGUUUCAGGCAGCUCCGUUGGCCAAUUUGUACGGGUUUUUGGUAG